AUGAAGCUCGCUCUCCUCGCCGCCGCCUCUGUCUCUCUCAUUCAGCUCCCCAAUCUCGCAGGUGCCUGCGCAGACCAUGCAGCAUAUGCAGCCCAUGUAGCCCGCAAUAAUUAUGCACGUCAGGCAACUUCUACGCCUCCCGCAUCUGGAUCGACAUCUGCUCCACCUGGGACGUCUACGGCCUCGGGUACCGCCGCGACAACUUCGUCCGUCAAUGGCACCGCGACGGGAAACGCGACCUCAUCCGCGACUCAGAUCUCUGUCUCGUUGAUAUCGACGAACCCUACAGCCAUACCCUUAGCGAAUAUCACAGCGUCGCAGGUCUCGUCCCCUACGAUUGCUCUACCGACGACUUUUGCUGCCGGUGCUACUCCCUCGGCCAUUUCCAACGCGCCACCGUUGCCAGACAUCUCUGGGCUAAAUCCCGCGAACUAUCCCCCAAUGGACAAACCGCCUCCUACUGACUCACCAGAGGUCCAGGGGUGGAUAAAUGAUGUUAUGAACAGCGGAUUUUCAAUCCCCAAUAUUAGCCAGACGACUGGUACCGCAGCAUGCGCUGCAAAUCCGGAAGCGGCUGCCGAUCAGUCUCGUUGCUGGUGGACAUGCGGUGGCUGCACGCGUGAUACGGACAUCACAGCGUGCCCUGACCAGUUGACUUGGGGCCUUACUCAUGACGAUGGACCCGGAUUCUACACACCGAACCUCUUGCAGUAUCUAGACGAGAAACAGCUGAAGACCACGUUCUUUACCAUUGGUUCUAGAAUUCUAGAAGAACCGCAUACCCUUCAGACGGAAUACAUGAGUGGACACCAGAUUGGUGUUCACACUUGGAGUCACCCGCCACUUACAACGUUGUCGAACGAGGAGAUCAUUGCGGAGUUCGGAUGGACGAAAAAGAUAACAAAGGACAUACUUGGUGUGACGCCGAACACGUUCCGUCCUCCGUUUGGCGACAUAGAUGACCGAGUUCGUGCCAUCGCCCUGGCAAUGGAUCUCACUCCGAUAAUCUGGACACGUAUCAGUCCGAGUGCAACUUUCGAUACCGGGGACUUUAGCAUCCCUGCUGGCACGAUCUCUUCGUCCCAGGUCAUUCAGAAUUUCAAUCAGAUUAUGGGCAACGCGACCACCAUAAACACCGGGUUCAUUGUUCUUGAGCAUGAUCUAUUCGAACAGACUGUCGAGCUUGCGACGGGAUACAUUCUGCCAGAGGCCCUUGCACAUCAGCCUCCAUUCAAGAUUGAGCCCGUUAUUACAUGCUUGGGCAAAUCUUUGAGCGACGCAUACGUGGAGACGAACGAUAACUCAACGAACCCGCCCCCGUCAGGAAGUGAGUUCCGGUUAUCUGCUGCUGAUCUUGUGUUUUAUUUCUAA